AAAGGCAAGGGAGGAUCAUUGGGACAAAAUACAGUCGGCAUCCGUCAAAUUGAGUCGAAAGUUUUGAGUGACCCGACGAUGCUACUGAGCAGAGUCCAGAGGAGAGGGACGCUGCAGAGACGGAAGGCGGUCAUGGGCACGGAGGCCGAUUCAAGCGAUUCCAGUGAACUAACGGCUGAAGACGACCACUCUUCCCAGAGAAGUAAAGGCAAACACUCAUCUCUACUGCUACAAUCGUGCCCCCCACCCCCCAAGAAGACAAAAUUGCCC